GUCGUUGGAGUCCGCGGCAUUCGUCGCGCGUAUUCCCGCGGGAUAGUACCGAGCUCGCCGCGCGUGCGUACUCGCAGCCAUGAACACGAAACACAUGAAGCGCAAGAAAUCGUCCAUGUCCGAAGUCAAAGUGGCGGUCAUAGGCGCUUCCGGCGUCGGAAAAACCGCACUUUCUGUGAGAUUCUUGACGCGACGGUACAUCGGGGAAUACGAUCAUCAAUCGGAGACCAGGUACAAGCACGAAGUCCUAAUUGACAACGACCCUGUCCUCUACGAGAUAUUGGACACCUGUCCGAAGCAGAGCAUCGACGACCUGCCGUCACCUGAAGUCAUAAAUUGGGCGGACGGCCUUUUGCUAGUAUACUCCAUCACGGACAGGGGCUCGUUCGGGUUCCUCAAAAAAGUGGGGGCGAUCGUCGCCGACUCGGACAUUCCCGCUUACGUUGUCGCCAACAAAAACGACAUGGUGCACCUGCGCGAAGUCAGCGUCGAAGAGGGCGCCAUCUUGGCACGGAAUCUCGAAUGCGGGUUUUCGGAAGUGGCUGCCGCCGAGCAGGUCGCCCCGGUCGCGGUCGUUUUCCAGGAAUUGUGCCGGGCCGUUUUGGCCGCGCGCAGGAAAUCGAAACACUCGCUGCUCGAGAGGAUGCUGGGUACGAGAACGUCGAAUCUGAGGCUGUACGCGCGCGGGAAGAGCGACAGCUGCCUGCCCAAGGACUGAACCGCAGAAUAAGUGCCAACCAGAAGCGACGAUAGGUUUCGGACCGUGGGUGGGGGUAAUGUGGGAGCUGUUGCUGGUUCCUUGUUGCUUUUCAGAUUGCUCUCCAGAGAAUUAGUCAUAUUGCUGUGGUUCUAGUUUUAUAAUAAUAAUUGUAAUAAUAUUAAACGUUUCUGUAGAAAAACUAAGUGCAAUUACAAAAAACGUAGGAACGAGCACCGAAGGCUAAAAAAUAGUCUUGAAACGUGAUAUGAACUGUUAUUAAAUUUUGUCUCUGUGCAAAAAAAAAA